UGUGCUUCACGGUAAAAUAACACGCAUUUCAUUGGUCUCUUUCACCGGUCUGCUGACCUGACGUGCCGGGUUAGGUUUUUUUUCUAGUUCCUUACAUUUUGUAACGUUAGCGUAUGUGUGGAUUUGUUUUUUCAUCUUUCCUCUACUGUGUCAUCAGAAGCUUUUUUUGCACGGGUAACCCACUAGCUUGUAGCUAGAUAGAGCUAGCCUACACCCAUAGCGGUAAACCCAAGUUAGCGUUAGCUUGCUGCUCUGUCGGUUUAGUAUAGUAUUUCCAUCAACGUUUACAUUAAAAUGGGCGAGGAAAUGAACGACAAAACUUUAGGCUGCGGACCUGCUGAUAACACUGUCGCUGAGGGAAACGGCCAAACAGUAGAAGCUGGUGUAAAAUACUACACACUAGAAGAAAUAAGGCUACAUAACAUGAGCACUGACACAUGGCUCAUCAUCCACGAUAAAGUGUAUGACCUUACAGGUUUCCUUGAAGAGCAUCCGGGGGGUGAGGAGGUUUUGAUAGAGCAGGCUGGAUCAGAUGCCACAGAGAGCUUUGAGGAUGUGGGUCACUCCACAGAUGCCAGGGAGAUUCUUUUGCAGUACUACGUUGGGGAGCUCCACAUGGAUGACAGAUUAAAGCAGAAGCCAAAUGAGGAAAAUGACGCUAAAUCAGGAGAGUCCAGCUCCUGGACCACAUGGUUGAUACCUGCUAUCGUCGCGACUGUCGUUGGCCUUGUGUAUCGCUUCUACGUGUUUGAACACAAGUCUUCUUGAGUGUUGGCAUCGUUUUUUCAUAUUAUUAUUUUCAUCUGGAGGCCUUGAAAUUUUUUGACCAAAACCUCCUCAUACUGAACGCACACAAUUGUGAGUCUCUGCAACAACAAAAUGAGGCCAGCAGUUUUUCCUUGUCCAUCUACAAAGAGUGCAGACUUAAUUGAAUUGUCUGCCUUUUAUUAUAUUUGUAUUUCAUUGUCACUAUGCCUGUUGUCAUUAAUGUUUAACAUUGUCAUUAACUUAAGCUAUUAUAUGCAUCAAAACAAUUUGUGGCUUUGUAUGUUCAUACCCAUUUGCCUGAAAAGAGAACGGUUAUGUUAACAGUCUUGUAUACAUACCCCAUGAUUUUGCUGAUAGAGAAAAAGUAAAAGAGAUGUCAGUAUGCAAAAUGGUAAUGAGAUCAGGAUAAUAGUUUACCAUGACCAUAUUUUUUACACUGAAAUAUCACUUGCGAUGCAUUUUAUUAGUUUUGAAUAAAGUGAACAUUGUUACAGCUA